AUGGCAUUCCGUGGACAUGAUGAAAGUCACGAAAGUUGUCAGCAAGGAAAUUUUAAAGAAUUAGUAAAUCUUUUAGCAAAGUAUGAUACUACUUUAAAAAAUCAUUUAGUAAUGGGACCUAAAAAUGCACAGUAUGUCAGUAAUCAUAUUCAAAAUGAUCUUAUUUUUUCAUUACAUAACGUUGUGUUCAAACAAAUAAAAUCUAGUAUAAAUGAUUGCAAAAUAUCAAUUAUAGCAGACGAAACAUCUGAUGUAGGACACCAUGAGCAGUUAUCUAUAGUCAUAAGACAUUUUGAUAAACAAACAAAUAGACCAAUAGAAACUUUUGUUGCACUUAGGCGAAUGAAAUCAGUUGAUGCUCAAUCUAUAUUUGAUGCAAUAACAAGUGUAUUACUUGUAUUACUUCAAUUAUCAAAAAACUGGACAUCUGUAAUAUCAGUCUGUUUUGAUGGUGCAAGUACCAUGUCUGGUGGUAUUGGAGGAGUACAGGCAAAUUUUAUCGAAGGUAGUCCUACAAGGCAUGCCAUCUUAGAAAAAAUAAUUGCAGCAUCAUUCGGUCAGAAAUUUGCUACCUUGAAAUCAUUAUCUACUACAAGAUGGGCUUGUAGGGCCGAAGCAGUAACUUCUGUUAAAAACCAUUAUGCAUCUAUUUUAACUGCUAUUGAAGAAAUUUGUGAAAAAUCCAAUGUUCCAGAAAUGAGGGCUAAAGGGCUUUUGGUUCAAAUGAAAUCAUUUGAAUUUAUUUUUGGACUUGUUAUGAUGCAACCAAUCUUGCAAAUGAUCCUAAAAAUUAGCAAACUGUUACAAUCAAAUAACCUAGAGUUGUUGACUGCUGUUGAGGUACUUAAUUCAUUAAAAUCCUCAUUGGUUUCAAUGAGAAAUAAUUCUAAUAGUUUUGAAGAUAUUUACCAAAAUUGUUUAGACAUGUGUGAAGAGUAUGAAAUACAUACCCCAGAUGUAAAAAGAAGAAAAGUAUCAACAAAAAUUGAUACAUCACAAAAUCAAUAUUUUUUUGAAACCAAAUCAGAUGAAAUGAAAGUUACCGUAUUUAACACAACAUUAGAUAAACUGAUAAAUGGCAUUGAUUCUAGGUUUAAUCAGGAAUCAUUAAAAAUCAUUAAUUCAAUUGGAAAUAUGGUUAAAUUGAAUACUGGUGAAAAUAUAUCAUAUCAAUGUUUAAAAGAACAAUUUGGAAUAUGUGAAGAUGAUUUGUGUACAGAAAUAAUAUUAUUAAAAAAUAUGACCGAUAUACCAAAUGGUGGAACUUCAGUUAAAACAAUACAUGAAUGGUUAGAUUGGCUACAAGACUCUAACAAAAGUGAAAUUUUUUCUAACUUUUCUAAAGCAUUACAGUUAUUUGUAACAAUACCUGUUACAAGUUGCAGUUGUGAACGCAGCUUCUCAAAAAUGACCAUUGUUAAAAGUAAACUUCGAACAACUAUGACCCAAAAAAGAUUGGAUUCACUGAUGUUGUUAUUUGUUGAACAACAUAGAACUAAUAAUGUGGAUAUUGACGAGGUCAUCGAAGAGUUUAAUGUACUAAAUGACACGACACGCCGAAUGGUGUUAUAA